CGGGGCGGAGAGCGCUCCGUGGAGGCUGGCGGCCGCGCCGGGGCGGCGCGCGCGCGUUCUUGGUUGACACAGAAAUGAAGAGUGUCUUGGCUGAACGUUCACACAGAGGGGAUCAUUAUGACCCUGACGGACUCUUCAUGCAUGGCUAAGACAAGACCUUGUGAUUGUGAAGAAGGAGGGCGCAGUAGCCACAGCUGUCUCUGGAAGCCCCUACAGGAGUGUGAGCAGCUCUGCUUCAGCAGCAAAGCCUCAAGUCCACAUCGUGGGAAGAGUAUGGCCACUUCCUGGGAGGCUAUCCUUUUCAUGCUGGUGGUAGCCUGUGAUGGCAGCACUAUCUUCUACAGAGAGCAGCAGACGUGGUUCGAGGGUGUCUUCUUGUCUUCCAUGUGCCCCGUUAACGUCAGUGCCAGCACCUUUUAUGGAAUUAUGUUUGAUGCAGGCAGCACUGGGACUCGAAUUCAUGUUUAUACUUUUGUGCAGAAAACAGCAGGACAGCUCCCCUUUCUGGAAGGUGAAAUUUUUGAUUCUGUGAAGCCAGGACUUUCUGCUUUUGCAGAUCAACCCAAGCAGGGUGCUGAAACUGUUGAAGAACUCUUAGAGGUGGCCAAAGACUCAAUUCCCAGAAGUCACUGGAGAAGGACCCCAGUGGUUCUGAAAGCAACAGCUGGGCUGCGUUUGCUGCCAGAGCAGAAAGCCCAGGCUCUGCUCCUGGAGGUAGAGGAGAUCUUCAAGAAGUCACCUUUCCUGGUCCCAGAUGACAGCGUUAGCAUCAUGGAUGGGUCCUAUGAAGGCAUCUUAGCUUGGGUUACUGUGAACUUCCUAACAGGUCAACUGCAUGGCCAUGGCCAGCAGACUCUGGGGACCCUUGACCUGGGGGGUGCCUCCACCCAAAUCACGUUUCUACCCCAGUUUGCGAAAACCCUGGAACAAACGCCUAGGGGCUACCUCACUUCCUUUGAGAUGUUUAACAGCACUUUUAAGCUCUAUACACAUAGUUACCUGGGGUUUGGAUUGAAAGCCGCAAGACUGGCCACCCUGGGAGCUCUGGAAACAGAAGGGACUGAUGGACGGACUUUUCGAAGUGCCUGUUUACCAAGAUGGUUGGAAGCGGAGUGGAUCUUUGGGGGUGUGAAAUACCAGUAUGGUGGCAACCAAGAAGGGGAGACGGGCUUUGAGCCCUGCUAUGCAGAGGUGCUGAGGGUCGUGCAAGGAAAGCUUCACCAGCCAGAAGAGGUCCGCGGGAGCUCCUUUUAUGCCUUUUCCUACUAUUAUGAUCGAGCUGCCGAUACGCACUUGAUUGAUUAUGAAAAGGGUGGUGUUUUAAAAGUUGAAGAUUUUGAAAGGAAAGCCAGAGAAGUGUGUGAUAACUUGGAGAGCUUCACCUCAGGCAGUCCUUUCCUGUGCAUGGAUCUCAGUUACAUCACAGCUUUAUUAAAAGAUGGCUUUGGCUUUGCAGAUGGCACCCUCUUACAGCUCACAAAGAAAGUGAACAACAUAGAGACGGGCUGGGCCCUGGGGGCCACCUUUCACCUGCUGCAGUCUCUGGGCAUCUCCAGUUGAGGCUGAGCGUGUCCUCUGAAGCCUGCAUUUCUGAACAACUUUGUUUUUACAGGAAGGAGAGGACUUGGGCAUUUUCUGAGCUACUCUGGGGAAAGCCCGGACUGAAACCCAUUAGCCGGCUUUAUUAGGAGGAAGGGAGGACUUUAUAGAUGAGUCUUGCCCCUUGAGCCUAGUGAUAUGGGCUUAAUUAAUUUUGCACAUUUAAUGUGAACAUCUCCCUAACCACUUGGCAGGUGUAAGCUGUCACCAGAGUGUAAAUCUUUUGAGAUUCUUUAUAUGUCACAGAGUCCUGUGAGGGGGGGUGGAGAAUGGGUUUGGAACUCCAUGUUAGAUUGGGAGUUCAGAGACAGGUCCUUGGGAACCAAAGGAAAAAAAAUCUCAUUUCAACCCUU